GUAGCCGGCGUUCGUUGUGUUGCAACCCUGAAUGUUUGACUGCGAAAAAAUUUAGGGAAAGCAAAGAGUUUUUUGAUUCUUUAGGCCCUUAAUUGUGUUGAAAAUAAGCGUCAAAAGGUGUGCAAUCGACAAAUAAGAGUAACAAACGAUCUACUAACUCCGGGUAAGCACCAAUCGGAAUGGACUACCGCCAACUUAAGAACGACGCUUACGGCAUUGGUCAACGGCGUGGAAUGGGAAGCUCCGUCGGUGGUGGUGGAGUAGGAGGUGGGGGCGGGAUGUAUUCCUCAAACUUCGGCGGUGGCGGCAACUAUGGCGGAGGCGGGAAUUCAGUUGGUGGUGGAGGCUACGGCGGCAACCGAAAUCAGAAUAUCGAUGGAGGUAACUUUAAUCGCGGUGGCUACAACAACAACAGCGGCGGCAACAAUAACAAUUUUCCCCGUUCUGGAGACGAUCGAUCCAGUUUUAAUCAAAACAAUCAACGGUUCGCCGGGAACUCCGGCGAUAAUUACCAAGACAACUUCCGUGGUGGAGGUGAUCAGUCCUCCAAUUUCGUCCAAUCAAACAGAGGACCAUCCAGUUUCGGCAAUUUAACUCGUCAACUGGAUCUGGAGGCAUCCCAGAAUCGCAAUCCCGGAAAUUCUGGCAAUUUUAGCUCAGACCGCCAGCCGGACAACUUUAGAGGACACCAGUCGCAAGGAUACGGCGAUAGGUUUCAGAACGAUGACCCCAGGAAUCAGGGCUCUUUCGGUAACUUUGGUCCCAAUAAUGGACCUUCUUUUGUCGGCAAUAAUGGAGGAAACAAUGGCCCUUCCUUUGGGGGAAACAAUGGUCCUUCCUAUGGCGGAAAUAAUGACCCUUCCUAUGGCGGAAAUAAUGACCCUUCCUAUGGAGGAAUCAAUGGUUCUUCCUAUGGAGGAAACAGUGGUCCUUCCUAUGGAGGAAACUCCAGCAACUUCAACAAUGACAACUUCUCCGGAAGAGGCUCUAACUUUAAUAACCAGCAGACUGGUUUCAAUGAUUCUUACGGACGCGGAGGAAACCAGGGCAACUUUGAUCAGAACUCUGGAAAUUUCGGCGGUAAUAAUCAAACAGGAAACUUUAACGAUCGCGGACCCGGAGGUGGAGGAUCAGGAGGCCCAGGAUUUAACCCAAACUCUGGGGGCAACUUCAGUGAUAACAAUUCUGGAGGCGGCUUUAGCAACAACAUAAGUCGCUCCUUUAACGACUCUCGCAACAAGUGGAACAAUUCGCAAUCGCAAACAUCCUCAUUCCAGGCCCCAGGCUAUCAAUCGAACAGUGGUGGUAGAGGAGGCGGAGGAGGAGGAGCACCUAGUAAUUCUGGAUGGGAAGCCAGCCAGCGUGCAUUCAAUUCCAAGCGGAACCAGCUGCAGAAGAUGAAUCUGAACAAUGGCGGAUCUGUUCGCAAACCAGGACCUCAGCCAACCGCUAAGGCCGUCCAGAACUUGCGAAACAAUCCUCGGGCUGCUGCAGCAGUCGUCAAAUCAGUGGACAGAAGCAACGGUGCCAACAACAGAAACAUCCAGCCUAGCAAGCCUGGCAAUAUACGAUCUGGCAAUGCAGCUGGAGUCCAAAAAAAUGUGACCAAUGCGGUAGCCAAUCAGACUACGGUCAACUAUUUGGCGCCUAAACCGAGUACAGUAACCAACAAAAAACCAUCUGUAGCUGGACAUGCAGUGAGAAGGGGACCUGGAGUUGUGCGUAGUGGACACGGUGCCGUUGUUAGUGGACCUGGUGCCGUGCGCAGCGGACCCCAGGGAGUGAAACCUGGCCCACAGGCUCAAAAACCGGGAGCACCCGCUGUUAGGGCUGGCCAGCCAACUGUUAAAAGCGGCCCACAAGCAGCCAAACCAGCCGUAGCUAAUAGGCCACCAAAAGCUCCAGGACUAACAGUUCAAGUUGGACAGAAGCGCGUUGCCCCCCCUCCACCGCUUGAUACUGUUGCUGCCCCCAAGUCGGUGAAGAAGUGGCGCCGAGUGGCCCGCAAACGAGGUUUCUUAAUAGGCGGAUACAAGAUCCCGUACAUGAAUGACCAACCUAAAAAGCUACCGCAGCCGGAGGCCGACUCAUAUGCCCUGACCUUCUUCGAGCAGAAUUUUAAUUACAGUACAAACCAGGACGCCACUGAGGAGGACUUUUUGGACGCUGCCGUGGUUCUCAAUGAGGAUUCGGAGGAUGAGUCGGUUGCCGACGACGACAAAUCUGCUCGCAAGAUCGCAAAGCGCAACAGAAAGCGUCUGAGGUCAGAGUGGGCCCCACUAUACGAAUCGAAGAAGUAUAAUGUUUGGGCCAACUGGUGGAAGGAUUACAAGAAAGUUGGCGAGGAAAUUGACAAGCAGCUAUUAGAGAGCGGCAACCUUAAUCUGGAGCAUUGUUUCCUACCCAAUCUACCCAAGCUCAGCACAGAGCAGGUGGUUUAUGCCAUCAUCAAGUCCGCCCAUUUUGGACUCGAAAAGAAUGCGGAUGUGCCGUACGACACAUUGAAGACUAUAUUCACGUUGAUGAACCGCACCUUCCUAGAGAACAUAACAGAGUUAAACAUGGUGGAGAUUCAGGACAUUAUUCGCGGCAUUCCAAAUGAUCUUUGGGUAUAUAAAAUGCGCAGCAUGGUCUACCUGUGGGAGAAGUAUAAGACAGUUAUCAAUUCCAAGUCUACCGCCGAGGAGGAUAUCAAUGAUCAGAAGGCUAUCGCCCGGGAGUGGAAAAGCCCAUGCUUCCACUGGUGUGCUAAGCAGGCUUUCGAUGAGCUAGUGGCAAUUAGUGCAACCGAAUGGAAAGACCACGAAAGCACCUUUCCUACUAAAGAGUAAAAAUACUUGGACCAUCAUCAAACGUACAGUAGGUUCUUCUUCAGGAGUAUUUUAUGGAUUGUAUGAUUACGUAUCUAGUUGUAUUAAAGACCUUUAUUGCACAUUAUAAAGAAACAUCCUGACUAUAUGAAGUAGCCUGUAAUUAGAUCAGAAUAUUUGAACAAAUAAAACAAAUCUUACCCAGAAGACUGUAUCUUCGUCCCUUCUUGAGGAAACUUAAUAAUAUUUAUCACAAAUGUAUCAUACUAGGAUGACAGAACAAUUGUCGAAAAUACAAGUCUUUUUAUUUCUGUUAGGUAUGAACGUCGAGUUCAUAACAUUUUAUAUGACGAUAGAAGAAUCCUAUUAAUAGUGAAGUAGCUUGUAAUUGGAAUGAAUAAAAAAAUAAAUAACCAACUUAUAAGAU